CAGUGAGUGCUGGUUCCACAGUCGCCGGGUGCAUCUCCUCGUCGGCCCUGCCGUGGCAGCGGAGGGAGCCUGGCUGCCAUACCUGAGCUUUCUGGGCUUAAAGAGUGCUGGGGAGAAAGCCUUUGGCUCUUCGUGAGGAGCCUCGGGGAUUGCUGUCCUGCGCGGAUACCGACUCGGCGCACGGCUGGUCUAAGGUUGCUCCUUGUCUGGUCCUAAAGGACGAAGGACUAAGUACCUUGCUGAGAUAGUGCACUAAUGACGUCCUUAGGAGUGUUUUGGGGGUGACGUGGUAAGACAGUUGGCUUAGUUAGAGGUGACAUAAAACAUCUCGCCUGCACUGCGUUGCCCGUGUUUUGACGUUCGUGCACUUCUAGACCCGUUGUUGAGGUACUUGAUUAUGUGUAAAAGCGCCUCUGCCGUCCCAAACCACAUUUAAAGGAAGGUGAACACGCUAUAUGUGAUGUGGAGUUGCAGGAGGCGGUCGUCUGUUAGACAGGAUUCGCAAGUGGUAUUACAAUGCAGCUGGGUUCAACAAACUUGGGUUAAUGCGAGAUGAUACAUUGCAUGAAGAUGAUGAUGUAAAAGAGGCGUUGAAGAGACUUCCAGAACAUCUGUACAAUGAAAGAGUAUUUCGCAUAAAGCGGGCACUGGACUUAAGCUUGAAACAUCAGAUCCUGCCCAAAGACCAGUGGGUGAAGUAUGAGGAGGAUCACCGUUAUCUUGAACCAUACCUAAAAGAAGUAAUCCGUGAAAGACAUGAAAGGGAAGCAUGGAACAAGAAGUAAUAAUUGAACUACUUCAUGCAAAUAUCCAGCUAUUUCUGAUAUUUUAUGCAUUUGGUUGUAGAAGUCCUUAGGGAGGCAAUUGUGAGGCUGAGGAAUGCUGUUUCAGCUUGUUCAUUGAAUCUGAUCAUCCAACUAAAAUAAACAUGUCAAAGUAUAAAAAUCUUGGAAGAGUUCUUUCUAAAUGUUGACAAGCUAAUGUUCGGAUCUUUCCUGUGUGCAUGUACAUUACACAUUAGCUUAGUGGUAUGCAGUCUUCAUUCCAAAUUUUGAUUCUUACUCUUUUCAUCAUACAGCUGUUUUCUGCAGUAGUAGAAUUGGGUAAGAAAUGUUCAAAGCUGUUGGUGCUAGUUGCUCUGCAAAUUAAAAAGAAUUUGGUAUUCAGUCAUCACUUGUUACUGUAGACAGUAAUACUGAACUAGUGCUUGAUGUUACAAUGGUAUUGUGAGACAGCAGAAUAUAAUAUUCUGCGUACCCAAGCAGAUGCGUAUUGUAAAAAUGGAAAAUACAGGUGAUUCCUUAAUCAUAAAAUAGGAAGUGUUUCACUAACUUUUUAUACCAUGUACGUUGUUAAGCCUUAAAAACUGUUUUCAUGUAAACCGUAACGACUCUGUCACUUCAGCUUUUUGAGACUUUUUAUUAUUUUAAAGAGUAGAAAAGUUGUAUUCUGAUGUUCUUUAAACAGCGUAGCACCUAACAUAGUUAACUUCUCAUGUUUUGUUUUUUUCGCCACCUAAAGCAUGCUCUAGUUUUUAGCGAUUGGUAUCCAGAAACUACUGGCCUUUACUGGCUGAAAACCUGGAGUUUAGCCUUCCAUAGUUUAAUUGUAGUGUGAAUUUGGGACAGAUACUGGUAUAAGGCAUGAAAUUCAGAGCCUGUUGUAUAACCUUCUGAAUGAAGUACAGAAUCUUGCACGAUGGCCUCAAAGUUUCGUUGGCCUUUUGUUGUGCAUGCUUGUCUGCCAAAUGCAACACUUGGUUUACCAAAAGAAGAAGGAGCAAAGCACAUCUGCAGUUUUGAAUUGGUAUGACCAAAUAAAUAAAAUACUGGAUUAGAA